ACUGAUGUAAAGAGUUUACAGCACCUGCAAAGAAGAGGUAGGAGACCUUCUCUGCUGAUGUCAAAUAAGAGACAGGAAAGAAGUGAUGAAGGAGAAGGAAAAGAUGCAGAUCACCUGACUCUUGGCUCCAAUAAAAAAUGGGCAAAAUGAGGCCACACCUUGCACCAACCAAAGUCCACCUCAUCUUUCAGCUGCCCUAGGUCAGUCACUCAGCCACAGGAGUUUCAUUUUCCAAGAAAUUCAGUGUUUCUAGGAGAGGAUGGACCUCUUCAUCUCUCCCCUGAUGUUACUGAGACGUGAGCAUUUAUAACUAGUACAGUUUAAAAAGAACCGUUCACCUGCUGACCAUCUCUCCAGAUCUGGAGCCUGAGAGAGUUGUAGCAGAAGAAACUGAGGUAGGAUAUUAAGAGAACUUUCAGGGAGGAGGACUAGGGAAGAGGCUUGGGGAUGAGGGACUGAGAGUGGCUGCACUGUGCUUAAGGGAAGUAGUGGUGGGGACUACUUCCUUCUUUGGGUUGUCUUUGGCAAUGAUUUGAAAGGAGGGGAAAGCUGCCUUGGAACAUUCCACAGGUCUCUGGUCUGCCCUAUGUCCUGUUCUCUUUCUCUUUCUCUUUUACUGUGGAAUUGUUUAACCCUAGGAAGUAUGCUGACUGUGAUUUGUAGGUCACAGAGAUGCUGAUGCAAGUAGUUGGUGGUGGUAGUUAAUAGCAGGAGCCAAUUCCUCAAGGGUCACCAUGAACCUUCUAGGAUCCCAGUGUGGGAGAGGACACUCCAAACUCCCUCCAAAUUCUCUCAACUGAGGGGACAUCAAAGAAGACUUUACGUUUUUAAGUUUGUGAUGCUCUAGUUUCUGGCCUGACACUCUGGCCUUUUAAUUUUGAGCUGUAAAAAUAUUCACAGAAAGUUCUAGAGAGGAAAAUAAAGUUGGUUUUUGAAUCACCUGCUUCCUCCAGACUAAAGAAAAAUAGAGUAAUUUCAAGUUAGUAAUUACAAUGAAACCAGAGGGUGCAUAUCAAAGCUGACGAGAUAUUUCUGCAGCUCAUGGGGAAUUGUGGCUUUUGUGUGGCCCAUGCCCCGCUCAUGUGAUGGAGAACAGCCAGUUGCCUAAAAUUGGAGGGUCGAGUCACGUCCUCCAGGCUGCUCCAUGUCUGCCUCCUUCCGGCUGGGCCAUCUUAUCUGGACUGUCUAUGUGGCAGGCCCUCAAAGUCCCAGUGGAGAAGGAGGCCCUAUAGACAGGAGGCUGGCAGUGUGUGGUAAAGCCAUGGUCCCUUUGCGGGAGGACAGCCGGGAAGAGGGCGUCUGCCCCAUCUGCCAGGAGCAUCUGAAGGAGGCAGUGAGCACCGACUGCGGACACCUCUUCUGUCAAGUGUGCCUGGCGCAGCAUGUGGAGAAGUCCCAUGCCUCUGGAGUCCUCUGCUGUCCCCUCUGCCGGAAGCCCUGUUCCGAGGGGGUGCUGGGGGCAGGCUAUGUCUGCCACAGCCACCAGAAGAAGGUGUGCUGGUUCUGUGAGGAGAGCAGACUUCUUCUCUGUAUGGAAUGCCUGGUGUCCCCUGAACACAAGUCUCACUGUGAGCUGGCCAUUGAAAAUGCCAUCAGCCACUAUAAGGAACGACUCAACCGCAGGAGCAGGAAGCUCAGAAAGGACAUCGAACUUCUGUGGCUCAGGGCUCAGGAGAAGGAGAAAUUGCAGGCUGUUCAGUUUCAGGAAGACUGUGGGACCCAUAAGCUGGCUGCUGAGCUGGAGAGCCAGCACCAAACCAGGAGACAGCUGGAUGUCCUCCCUCAGGAGUGGUUGGACCGGCUGAAGGACACACCAGCACAGCUGUCCAGAAGCUUUGACAUCUCCAGGGCAAUAAUGAAGCUCAACAAACUGGUCAGUGAUCUGGAGGGAAUGGCCAAGGAAUUGGACACCAACAUGCUGAAGGAUGCCAGUGACUUACUGAGCAGGAGUGCUCCACAGAAAUUAGAGGCUAUUUAUCCCAAGUUAGAGAAAAGAAUCAGCCAGUCACUUCUCCAGCCAUCCUCAGCAGGUUGGCCCUGCUCAUCCCUGGAUCACCUCAUCUCAGACUCACCUCAGCCUUCUCACUCUCCUUCCUCCAGCCUGUACAGCCUCUCAUUAGGUCCACCCCAUAUGUCUUCAGGACGGCCAUCCUCUGAACAUGACCCCCUUUCCUCAUCCAACAGCUGUGACCUGAUGUCUGGCUCCCUGACACUUGGACAGUAAUUCACAGCCUCUUCCUGAGCCAGGCUUGGGCUUGUGGCUCCCUUGGCAGAGGUCAUGAUCCAAGACCUCCAUUUGGCCUGUGAACUGGCAGUAGCAUCCAUCUCUCACCUAUAAAAAAUAGGAGUACCAAGGUACCUGGAUAGCAUCAGCUCACCAAUGGUGAGGCCACCUCUGCAUGUGGGCCAGCAGAUCUGUUGGAAAGAAUAUUCCUUCUGAGCUCCUGUAGCCCCUGUUGUCAGUACCACUCUCCUGGCACUUAUUCAUUAUUAUUCUUGAGGCAGACAGACUCUAGGGUGGUGCCCUGUGAUCCUGCCCUCUCAGUGUUCAUGCCCGUGUGUGAUCUCCUCUCCUUGAGUUAGAACAGGACAUGCAACUUGCUUCUAAUCAAUGGAAUAUGGCAAAGGGGAUGGUGUCACUUUGGUAACAUUGCUUAGGACUCCUCCUUGCUGGCAAACUCACUCUGAGACUCUCCUUUCUGAACUGAUAAAGUAAGUAACCCUAUGGCAAGGACCAGUGGGAAGCCUCUAAGAGCUGAGAGCAGCCUCCAGCCUUCAGCCAACAAGAAGCAGGGGCCCUCAACAGCUGCAAGAAAAUGAAUUCUGCCAACAGCCUAAGAAAACUUGGAAGUGGAUUUUUCCCCAGUUGAUCCUCCAGAUGAGAAUGAGUCCAGCAGACACUUCAAUUGCCGCCUUGUGAGACUCAAAGCAGAGGACUCAGUCAAGCUGUGCCCAAACUCCUGACCACACAACUGUGAUAUACUAAAUGUGUGUUACUUUAAGACACUAAAUUUGUGGUAAUUUUCACAGAACAGUAGAUAAUCAA